UUAGUCUAUAUUAGCUUGUGUAUGUGUGUAAGUGUUUAUUUUUUAACGUCAGUUGCCUGUGUCCACAGUGUCUGGACGUUUGUUGGCAGUGAUGCAUGGUCCGCCCGAUGUCUGCGACUAUACUUCAUUUGAAAAGCUAUGACUCAUUAUUGAAUCCUGUUUCAAUCCAGCCAUGAAAAAAAAUGUGAUAAAUAGUAUAAUUAUACACAAACUGCAUUUUUCCGAUUACUUUCCUCAUUGUGUCAAAUGUUCGCGGCGCAGCAUAGAUUUAUCAAACACUGACGGAGCGUAACAAGACGAGUGGAACAGGAGCCGACUGUAAACUCCCACUUCUCCAGGGUGAAGUUAAUGAAAGCUUCAAUUCAUUUUUCUGCUGCAUCAUUAGUGAAAAUAAUGUCGUUCAAUUACCUGCCUCGACUCAGCAGAAAUGACUUUUUUUUUUUACUUUCCUGGAGUCUGAGAGUCUCGAUCCCACCAAAACACAAACAGCUGACUGGACCUGAGAUGAUGUCAUUUUUAAGGAAUAUUCAGGAUUUAUCCAAAUAUAUCAACAUACUCCAUAUGACAAAAAUAUGACGACAUUUUUUACUGUAUAUUGCUGGAGCAGAAAGACAAAUAACAGCGGAUUUUGUGAUAUUUUACGGAGAAAUAUAAAAACAAAAGUUUACUCUCGUAAAAGUUUUCUAUCAGCCCUUCAUUAAAUCCCCUUGAGUUGAAACUGUCUCUUUCUUCUAUUCCUGUCCACAUAUGUUCCUGUCUGUAUAUUCACAUGUAGAGAGAACAGGUUUUUAUUUGUCAUUUUACCAUCAAAAGUUGUUAAAAAGGACAGUGAUAUUAGAUUUUGCUGUUAGCAAGCAAGUGGACGAGCCAUAUAUUGUGCUGUUUUAUUUGAAGAGACGAGACCAUGCUGGUCUUCAUGCAGUCUGCAGCUCAGUUACAGGUUGGCCAACAAAUAUAUAUAGCCUAUAUAUUCCUUAUAUAUAUAUAUAUAUAUAUAUAUAUAGUCCCCAAAUAGUUAAAUCUGCAGUACUAUUAAAUAUAUUUAAAUUCUGUAUAAGUUCUAUACAUUAUAAGGUUAUCUAGAAAUUCAUCCGGUGUCUCAGACACAGUUUCACUUUCUUUCUCUCUGUCUGUGUAAUUUUCUACUGCAUUGUCUCGGCUCCGUGAACAGUCCCCGCCUGGGUGGCCGCAGGAGCUGCGAGUCUCAGCAGGCUGCGCGAUGUAUUGAAGUACUUUCAAAGUAUUUGCGCGUCACGGAGGCAGCUGUGAUGUUACGCGUCAAAUAUCCCCAGAGUGCUGGCAGCAGCGGAGGGAUAUGUGAGCUUUCCUACCCCGCUGGUGGGUGAGGAGACGCGGGAUCGGGUUUUGACUGCAGUGGGUGCUGUUGGUUUAAGAGCCCACUCACUGAAGUGUGGAGGGGAGGAGAGGGGGAGGAGAGGGGGAGAGAGGAGAGGAGAGGAACGAGGGAGCUGUGCGAUCUCUCCCCAGCAGAGUGCGACCCUCUUCACACACACACACACACACAUCUCUCUCUCUCUCUCUCUCUGUUUCUCUCUCUCUCUCACUGACACACACACUGGGGUCACUCGGCUUCCAGGCUGUGGACUGUUUUGUCUCCCUCCUCCUCCUCCUCCUCCUCCUCCUCCUCCUCUCCUCCUGAACGCCGCACAUGAUCAGUCUGAGAGAAUCACCCGAGGCGUGAGCGCGCACUUCUCCCAAAAUCAUGGAAUUGUGGAUAAAGUUGAUGCUGUUCUACAGCUGCUGCUUUGGAGCCAGUGCAGACUUUGAUGGCAGGUGGCCGAGACAGAUGGCUUCCUCCACUGGCCUGUGUCGAUAUGGGGCCAGAGUGGACUGCUGCUGGGGGUGGACGCGUCGUUCCUGGGGUCACUGCCAGCCUCUCUACGCCUUAACUCACAGAGUAGUCGGGAUAAGGUGCCAGCCCCAAGCUGUGUGCCAGCCCGCCUGUAAGCACGGAGACUGCGUGGGACCUAACAAGUGCAAAUGCCACCCUGGUUUCACCGGCAAGACCUGCAAUCAAGAUGAAACGCUGGACUAUUUAAGCCCAGUGUGGGACAGUCUCCUCCCUCUCUUUCCUCCAGUGGACCAUCAGCCAGCAGGAGUAGUGAUGGAGGACCUGAACGAGUGCGGUCUGAAGCCGAGGCCCUGUAAACACAGGUGCAUGAACACGUACGGGAGCUACAAGUGCUACUGCCUGAACGGUUACAUGCAGCUGCCUGACGGGACCUGUGGGAAUGCUCGCACAUGCGGCAUGGCUAACUGUCAGUACGGCUGUGAGGUUCUGAAGGGAGAGGUCCGAUGUCAGUGUCCAUCACCGGGACUCCAGCUGGCCUCAGAUGGAAGAACGUGUAUCGACGUGGAUGAAUGUGCCACAGGAAUCGCUGUUUGCCCCAGGUUCAGGAAAUGCAUCAACACCUUUGGAAGCUAUAUCUGCAAGUGUCACGAAGGCUUCGACCUGCAAUACAUCAAUGGGAAAUACCAGUGCAUAGAUGUGGACGAGUGCUCUACAGGCCAGAGCCACUGUGGCAGCUCUGCCGCCUGCUACAACACGCCGGGCUCAUACAAGUGCAAAUGCAAAGAGGGCUACAGGGGGAUGGGCCAGGACUGCAAACUCAUUCCUAAGGUGGUCAUCGACCCACCCAGACCAGGCCACAAUCACCACAACCACAUCCCAGACUUAGACCAGAGGAGGACCACCACCACCGUACGGCCACCAGUGACGUCAAAGAGAAUCUUCCCGUUCAUCCCUAAGUCAACACCUUCCACCACCACAACAACAACAACAACUACUACAACUAAAGCACCUCUGCCUCCAAAAAGGGCCACCCCACCUCCGGGCAAACCAGCAGUUCCUACCAGAAAGACGGUAAUUCCUACUCGGAAACCUCCGAUAUCAACACGCAAACCACAUGUCAUACCAAGACCGGUCACUCCAACCAGACCACCUGCAGUUCCACCUGUCACCCCCGUGGACAACACCAUCCAGAAGGAGGUCACCAAGCAGAGAGGAGACGUCCACAUCCCUCGGAACCACGACCACAACACAGUCCUGGGCGUCGACUUUGACAUUGAGCUCGGCAACACAGCAGAUGAAGCUAAAGACGACCCAGACUCAGGGUAUCUCAGCUGUUCCUUCGAUGAUGGUCUUUGUGGCUGGAUCAGGGACAAAGAUGGAGACCUGCACUGGGAGACAACGCCUGAUCCGACCGGUGGACGGUACCUCACCAUACCAGAGGUAGGAAACAAAAGAACCGGACGAGGGGCCCGACUGGUCCUCCCACUCACACCUCCUUGGAACGACGGCAAUCUGUGCCUGUCUUUUCGCCACAAGCUGGCAGGACACCAUGUGGGAAUGCUGCAAGUGUUUGUGAAGAAAGGAAAGCAGUACAGCCCGGCAGUGUGGGGCCGCACAGGAGGCAAUGGCUGGAGGCACACUCAGAUCACACUCUGGGGCACAGGCCUGGAAAGUGUAAUCCUGAAGGGGGAGCGUGGGCGAGGCAGGAGCGGUGAAAUGGCGGUGGAUGACAUCACCCUGAGGAAAGGCUCGUGCACAGAAGAGCACAGUCUGAGGAGACUUUAACUGCCAGUUUAAAACAAGGGCAGAAAGAAAAGAUGAGAGGAAAUUAAUCUGAAAGAGAAGUGACUCUGUUACAACGUCCUCCUCACUCUGCCCACCCUUAAACUCAACUACUCCUGCCAUCCUGUAAACGUAAAUGUCCAAGAAAUUGUGCUGGAGCAAAACAGUGGGUUUCUUCUUCUUCUUCUUCUUCUUCUUCUUCUUCUCGAUUUUCACAUGAACACAGGAUCUGCGCCAAACCUCAUGGGCCAAUUCCAGAAAACAAGUUUCUCUCUUCUCAGCCUGUAUCAAUCCAUACUGACCGGGUGUGACUGGAAACCUGCAUGUUAUUACCAUGAAAUUGUCCACCACAUAACAAAAUCCCAGCAGCUCUCCAACCACUUAAAAUUCUCCCAAAGACAAACAAAACAAACAAUUCUUUCCUUGAAAAAUCAGCUAUUUAAAUGCUGCAUUCACUGAACCAGUGCUGUUUAUUUGCCUUACGAUCUCUGCAAAAAGGUAUUUUGGUUGAUAGCUGAAGAAAUCCCAGCUGUCGAUGUCAGUAAAUCUGAUACUUUUUUAAGACAGUGUUUGUUGUCAUGUGGUUGUAAUGGAGUAACUGUGUAAUCCCACUGUCACUGGUCUACUUCCACCUUUUUUUUAAAUAUUGAUCUCUCUGUUCAAAAACAGUUGAUGGAAAGUGUGCAGUUUUCUUUGUGACAGUAUUUCAAAGAUCUGGUUGAUUGUUGUUUUGUUUUUGUUUUUUGUUUUUUUUUACCUAAAUAUUUUUUUCCAACGCCUCAAUGGUAAUAAAAACACUCAGCUCUCAUGUUCUCCAGAUACAUGAAAUGUGUCAAAAAGAAUCGUUGUGCGAACCUGUGACUUUUACCCAAAGCAUUACCCUCUGUCGCUUUGUCGCUUUGUUGAUUUCGAUGCUUUGUGUUUAGAAACAACCAGGCUUUUACAGUUCCUAUUAAUGUAAAUGUAGUUGCGUGUACAUACUCCAGAAUUGUGUUGUGUGUUUUGUUAAUUGACAACAAUUGACAUCAUUAUUAAUUGGAUUUUUUUAAUGGUUUGUUAUUUAAACGUAUAAAUAAAGUCUAUUCAGAUGGGA